AUGUCUACUAUCGCCUCCCCGCGAGACCACUCGGUGCCGGGCCACCCGCGCCGCGUCCCCUCUUCGCAAAACAUCCUCACGACACCGACGUCCUCCACCCGGCCCAGCCUCGACACUCCGCGCGGCUCACCCAACCCCAACAGUGCGUCCUCCUCUGCACCUCCUCCGGUCGCGGGCCAGCAGCAGCAGCAGCAGCAGCAGCAGCGCCGCAACCGCGCCGCGCUGCGCGAGUACUACAACCUCAAGAAGGCGGCGAACCCCGACACGCCGACGGUCGAGAUCACAGAGGACGCGCUGGGCAUCAGCAUCGGCCUCGGCGGCGGCGGCGGCGGCGGCGGCGAUGGGGGCCCCCGGUCCGCGGGCCUGGCCCCGGCGUCCGAGAUGGACCGGCCGGACUUUGACGCCGAGGGGUACGUGAAGCGCGCGCUCGAGGGCUGCGGGCUCGAGGAGCUGCUGCGGCGGUACGCGCGCGUGCUGGGCGAGAUCCGGGCGCUCGACGCCGAGAAGAAGGCGCUCGUGUACGACAACUACAGCAAGCUGAUCGCGGCGACCGAGACGAUCAAGAAGCGAAAACUCGUACGCCAGAUGAGGGAGAACAUGGACCCCCUGAACCCCAUGGCCUCGACGCUCGACCCGGCGAUAGCGCAGAUCUACAGCCAGGCGUCGUCCAUCAGGGAAGAGCUGCGCAGGGCGGUGCCGCCGCCCGACGACGACGACGACGAGCAGGCGGCGCGGCGCAAGAGGACGCGGGAGCUGGCGGUGCAGGUGCUCGCCGCGCCCGAGAGGAUACGGAAGCUCGUGCGGGAGGGGCGGGAGGACGAGGCGCGGGAGGCGUGGGCGAUGCCGCGGAGGCUGCUGGAGACGUGGAGGGAGAAGGGCCUCGGCGGGGCGGAUGUAGAGGCCUGCCUGCGGGAAGGAGAUGCAGCACUGAGAGGAGAGGAUUCUGCUACGAGUUGA